GCAGCCCGCGCAAAGAGACGUGAAGGAAUUUCCGCCGACGUCACUGCGUUUGUCCAUAGCAGGGCUGCUGCUGUCUGAGAGCAACAAUAACAAGACCUAUCCAACAACUUAAACGCGGCUAUAACGGUACCUUACAGCGCUGAGCACUACUAAAAUCCUCAAAAUGCGGUUGUCGAAAUAACUCUGGCUACCGUUUCUUCGUCGUCCGAGUCGAAAACCGGGUUAUCGCCGCGGCCACCGCCGCGGAACAAACACGGAGACUCGGCCGCAGGGGGAACAGGGCAGUUCGGGGCUGCAUCUGGGUCAGUGGGCCUGUCGGCGGCUGCACCGGCGGGUUUUUUUUCCCCUGCAGUGUCCCGUUGCGCCUGUCAGUCAUUUUUAUCCACAUCGUUUCACCUACAUAACCCUUGAUAACAUGCAGGCUAACGGGGCAGGACAGGACCGAGAUUCAGAACUGUCCUGCCGAAACGGUGCACAGAACGGUGAGUCGUCCUCCACCGGAGUAGCUCACUCCAACGGACUUCAGUCUGUCACUAACAAUGGAAACACUGUCAGCAACAACAACAACAACAACGGAGUGUCAGCCCAACCCGCAUCCAACAACACUAACAGCACGCCGGAUUCCAACACGGGCGUGAAAAAGAAGAAGCGUCUGUCUCAGUCUGAGGAGGAUGUCAUCCGGCUCAUAGGACAACAUUUACACGAUCUAGGUCUCAACCAGACGGUGGACCUCCUGAUGCAGGAGUCUGGCUGCAGACUGGAGCACCCCUCUGCCACCAAGUUCCGCAAUCAUGUCAUGGAAGGAGAAUGGGACAAGGCUGAGAGUGACCUGAAUGAGCUGAAGGCACUGAUGCAUUCUCCAAGUGCUAUAGUGCGGAUGAAGUUCCUGUUGCUGCAGCAGAAGUAUUUGGAGUAUCUGGAGGAUGGGAAGGUUCUGGAGGCCCUGCAGGUCCUCCGAGCUGAGCUCACUCCUCUCAAGUACAACACAGAGCGAAUCCACAUUCUGAGCGGGUACCUGAUGUGCAGUCAUGCGGAGGACCUGCGAGCCAAAGCAGAGUGGGAAGGCAAAGGCACAGCAUCCCGAACAAAGCUGCUGGACAAGCUACAGACAUACCUGCCUCCAUCAGUGAUGCUGCCUCCUCGCCGCCUGCAGACUCUUCUGAAGCAGGCAGUUGAGCUGCAAAGGGAGCGCUGCCUCUACCACAACACCAAAUUGGACAGUGGACUGGACUCUGUGUCUCUGCUGCUGGACCACGCCUGCAGCAGGAAACAGUUCCCCUGCUACACUCAGCAGAUUCUCACUGAACACUGCAAUGAAGUCUGGUUUUGCAAGUUUUCCAACAACGGCACAAAACUGGCAACUGGGUCCAAAGACACCACCGUCAUUGUGUGGCACGUGGACAUGGAAACCCACCAGCUGAAGUUGGUGAAGACUCUGGAGGGUCAUGCUUAUGGUGUUUCAUACCUGGCCUGGAGCCCUGAUGAUGUCUACCUGAUAGCCUGUGGUCCUGAUGACUGCUCUGAGCUGUGGCUCUGGAAUGUACAGACGGGGGAGUUACGAACAAAGAUGAGUCAGUCUCAUGAGGAUAGUCUGACCAGCGUGGCCUGGAAUCCAGAUGGUAAACGCUUCGUCACCGGUGGCCAGAGAGGCCAGUUCUACCAGUGUGACUUAGAUGGAAACCUGCUGGACUCAUGGGAAGGAGUUCGGGUGCAGUGCCUGUGGUGUCUGAGUGACGGCCGGACAGUCCUUGCAUCCGACACCCACCAACGUAUUCGUGGGUACAACUUUGAGGACCUGACAGACAGAAACAUAGUGCAGGAGGACCACCCCAUCAUGUCUUUCACUGUUUCCAAAAACGGAAGGUUAGCUCUGCUCAAUGUUGCAACUCAGGGAGUGCACCUAUGGGACCUGCAGGACCGGGUGCUGGUGAGGAAGUACCAAGGGGUGACCCAGGGCUUCUACACCAUCCACUCCUGCUUCGGAGGGCACAAUGAAGACUUUAUCGCAAGUGGUAGUGAAGACCACAAAGUUUACAUCUGGCACCGGCGCAGUGAGCUGCCCAUCGCAGAGCUGACUGGUCACACCCGCACAGUCAACUGUGUGAGCUGGAACCCUGUCCUGCCUGGACUGCUGGCCAGCGCCUCAGAUGACGGGACCGUCCGAAUUUGGGGACCCGCUCCCUUCCUGGAUGUUCAGGAUGUAGAGGGGCUCAAUGAAUGUUGCAGCAUGGACAGCUGAUGAUCUGCUGCAGCUGUGAACCUGGGGAGCAUUAAGACUCUGAAAACACUUGAAUGGAUGAAGCAGGGAAAGCUCUGAUGAUGAGACAGCAGCUUCCUAGAGACGAGGCCAGUGCUGCUGCUUGUCAGGAUGUCACAUUGCAGAGAUGUAAGACUCGGUGACAUUAUUGAAGAGCAGAGCCGGCCAGAUGAAACUGAGCUCCGCGACCUCCAGUAUCUGUCCCACCUCCUUCUCGUGUCCGACCUGUUCCCUCAGCACCAUCCAGGACCACCCACCUCCUCUUAUUUAUUAUCAGCUACAAUAUUUAUUCAUGAGUAGUUCACUGACUUAUGAUAGGCUAGCAGCGCCUUGUGGAGGAUGUGUGUUUUUAGUUUUCUUCUGUUGUCACAUGAAGAAACUUUUUUCACUUUCAUCUUCUGAACCUUUUAAGAGAUUUUAACUAUAGGAACAUUUGAUGGAUGCACCCACUUGAGAAAGUAUCUUUUAAAUGAAAAAUUCUAUGUUGUCUUGUUUUAAUGCAGAGUACAUUUUAUGAGUUUUCCCUCCAGUUUUGCUGCUUAUAGCCAGAGAAAGAAUAGUAUGGGAUAAGCAUGUUGAAUAGGGUUGCACAGGAUGGUUUACACUCACAGUAUGCAAGGUCUGUUAAAGUAUGUUAAGUGGUCAUAUGCUAUCUGAGAGUAUACCGCAGCUGAUGUGUAAAACCAGUUCAAAGAUUAUCUGUCUUGCUCUAGGAUACUUACACAUGCAGAUUGGAGGAUGACCCGCUCUGCCUCUGAGCCCGAGCUGCCCCAGCCUGUUGCCAUCCUUCCCUCAUACAAACAGCUGUCUUCAUGUCAGUUUCACUUUGUUUGGUUUAGCUGUUACAUGUUCUAAAAUGAACUUCACACUGUGUUUGUUUGUUUUUAAUUUUUUUUUUUUUUUUUAAGUAGAAAUGGAACAUUUAAAGAGACACUCGCUGAUUACUAACUGUACCGUGUAGAGCUCCUAAAAUCCUGGUUCAGCUAUUUCAAGAUAAGGCUGGUGUUAUUCUCUGUUUCAUAUUAUUAACAAAUUCCAUGAAAAGACCAGAAGUAACAAUGUGUUAGUGUGUUUGUCAGAACUGCCUGACUCUACCUUGUCUGUGACACUCAGCUCUAAGCCCACUGGUUCCUCCUAAAAAUGGAAAUCUUUAAAGGUCGUCUUUGAGACAGUGUAUGACAUACAGAAGAUUGCAGUCAGCACAUCCUCAGUUUGGAGAAGCAGGAAGCAGUACUGUCAUGGAAGCUAAGCAAUGAACUGCUGUGGAGGGGUCAGCAUUAAAGUUUAUUUUAGCUACCUAAAAAUAGUCCCACUAUACAAUAUUUGUUAAACGUGUGCACUAUAUUGACAGUAUUUUCACUGUUUUACUUCUCUGACAGUUUCUGCCAGGGAACUGAAGUUGUUCUAUCGCUCUUUUCAAAGCCAGACUCCAUUGAGGAACACGAGUGAUUUAACAUUGCUGAACACAGGGGCUGCUGGUCUAUCACUACCUCCAUCAGUUUUAUUUGUGUGUGUGUGUGUCUCUUUGGUGUUUAAAAGGGUUAGUUCAGAUUCACCAAAGUCACACAAUAACACAAACUAACUACCCGAUCAAAGCAGCAGUAGACCAGCAAGCCUGUUUAUAUGGCUGAAGCCAUUAAUGGAGCGAGCUGUGUGACAAAAAGGUAAAGCAGGGAAAAUGCUUUCAAUAAAGCGUAUACUUAAACUUGUUUAUUUGUUUUUUUAGGUGAGUGACAGAAAUGGUUUUGCUGUUGAGCCCUCCACAGCAGUACAUAGCUUAGCCUCUGUCUCAGCACUCCUGCCAUCUACUGUGUGUAAUACACUGACUAUGAAUAAGUAUUUCAUACAACCCUCAACUAUCUCCUAUACAAUUACCCCUUUAAUAUAGCAGCAAACUACUGUUUGCUAUGUAAAGAUAUAGUGGAGUAAUGGCAUCCUGAGCAGAGAAUGAAGUCACGUUCCCUUUGUGUGUGUGUGUGUUGUAAUCCAAGCUUUUCUGUGGUUUGUUGUGGGAAGUCGGUCCAGCACGUGUGCAUGUAAAUGCACAUGUGCAUGCCACCGGCUAGCUUGUUGCUGCUGCUUGUCACUGCACACAUAUGGCAGUUACUGCUCAGGACGUUGUUGACAUGGAAGUGUAGUGCCCCCCGUGCCCUGUUUCCCCCUGGUCAACGUCAUCAGCUGUGUCAGCACUGUUGCUGUUGUUUGUCACUGUUCAUGGAGAUGGCAUUGUUAAGGCUCAUUUAUACUCCCUUUAAGUAUGAAAAUAUAUAUGUCUGUUUCAAACGUUGCAAACAUCACAGUCCUCAUUUUUCCAUGAUUCCUUUAUUAUCUAUAGUGCCAAUAGGAGGCACUAGAGGGCGGAGUCAAAAGUUUCACACAACAACAAACGAGGCAACGGUGGAGGGGGUCAUAAUAUUGUACCUCUAAACAGAGGCAGCGUUGAAGAUGGAGAUGGUCUGUGAGGCCAUUACAUACAUCCCAACAUGUCCCAACUGACUAAUUCAAUUCAGUCAGUAUUUUAAUUUUAUUGUCAUCUUGAGCGGUCAUAUCUCGCUUGAACUAAGCUACACUGCCUGCACGAUCUCUGAUGGUACUGCUCCAUUUCGUCCGUAUCUGUAAGCUUUUAGAAAACGUACACAUACAGUAUGCAGAUGCAGAGCAUGGACAGGAGGCUCUGUCCAUCUCUGCAUCUAAUGUUGAGGAUAAACAAGCCCUUAGAUUCCUGCCGGCUUAGCCACCUCCAUGUUGAAAACUGUGUUCAGACAACUCAUACACCCUGAAUUUGGCAUAAAGCCCCUUUAAAGACAUGUUUAAAAAAGGCUCAGUUAUUUCCUAAAGCAGCUGGUCACUGUAGAUUUUAACAACAACGACUCAAACAUGAGGAAAUAGAGAAUGCAUUGGGGACUUUUUUCUGUGAUGGAUUAAUCCUCAUUUGGUUUUCUAGUAAGUAUUUGUGACAGCAGUACAGUGGGAUUAAGUGAAUUAUUAAGUGAAAAACUACAGUCUGCAUGUCACAUGUCACAACAGUGACAGUGUGACUCAUAGAUUAAUAGUUUGUGGAAAACAGUGGAGCUCCAUAAUACAUAGCAGUAAGCUGUAUAAGGGGUGGAUACACACACACACACACACACACACACAAUACUUGUUAUCAGGAUACAUUCUCUUUUGGGUCUGUGCAUGAGAUUUGUUCAUGAUGAAAAAAAAAGAAAGUGAAAAUUGCCGGCCUUAUUCUUUAAGUUCAGCACAUCACCAGUGAGCUGAGAUGACAGUAACAAAAUGAUAGAGCGUGUAUCUGUAAGAAUCAAUCUGUAACACAUUUGUAUACAAGUGUACCAUAAAGUUAUUAUGAACUUCUACAAAGUGUUUUCCUUCAGAGAGUCAAAAGAACAAUCCUGCCUAAUAUGAUAUUCUAUGUAAUAUGUGCUGUAUAUUUGUAUGUUAUGGCAUGAGGCUGGGUAGAAAUGGCAGACAGGAUGCCAUGUGUUUCAGGGUUCCCAUGCCUGCCCUUUACUGUCAAAUCCUUAAAGGUUUCAGCUGCUCUUUCUGAACUUCAUACCAAAUUUUCUUGACUGCACUACUGCUGGAAUAUAAAGCAGCACAUUUGCAAUUACAACUGCUAACACGGAAAAUUAGUUUUGAGACUACUGUGCAGCCAUACUUCCAUUUUAGUGACAUUUUUCCAAACUGCUUCUACAGAGAAUUAUUUUUUUCAAAACUAUUCCAGCCCUGGAUGAUAACUGCAGGACUGUGGGAACCCUGUGUAUCUGCCCAGAUGCCUAUCAACAACUUCAACUCUACCAUCGUGGAACACACAUGCUAGUGGUACACAACAAUAGAUGUCACACACACACUUGAUUCAGUCACAGAUGUGGUGUUCUGGUUUCUACUUUUGUGACUUUCUUUGUUUAUUCUGAGUAUUUCAGGCUUCUCUUGUUUUUUCCUCUUGCUGUAAGAAGCCAAUGUAGGAACUUUGUUUGCUUGCAGGCAGUUUCUGCCAGAAACCAUUUUACACUUAAAAUAUGUUAUUAAACAAGUGAUUGUACUGUUCUGUGUUGUCUGUAGGAGAAGUGUUAUGUAUGAAUAUUUUAAAUAAAGCAUUCAGGGUUUUAAAAGGUA